AUGUCUCUCAAGGCCGAGCUCGAGACGUGGGAUGCCGCGCUCAAGGCGUACGACGAGGAGGACUUUGAGAAGGCGCUCGACCAGUUCUCCAAGAUCGCCGACUCGUCCAAGAUUCUUACCAACAUGGGUCUCAUCUACGCCACCCUCGGCGAGCACGAGGCGGCCGUCGAGCAGUUCAUCGCCGCCACCGGCCUGGACCAGUACCUCGCCGUCGCAUAUUUCCAGUGCGGCGUAAGCAACUUCUUGCUUGGUCGGUAUGACCUCGCGAGCAAGGAUUUCGAGGGCGCGUUGUUGUAUCUCCGCGGGAACCAAUCGAUCAACUACACCCAACUCGGUCUGGCGUUCACGCUUUUCUCAGCCGAGGUGCUAUUCAACAAGGGACUCGCAUUGAUCUACAUGGGCCAAGUGGACGAGGGCAUGCUCGAGCUGCAAGACGCCGCCGCGGCGAAAGCGACGGAGGAGCACAACGUGAUCGACGAGGCCAUCCGUGACCGCGGCGAGGGCUACACUGUCUUCUCCAUCCCCGUCGGCGUCCUCUACCGCCCGAGCGAGAUGAAGAUCAAGAACGCCAAGACGCGCGACUACAUGGGCAAAGCGCGGCUCGUCGCGACGGAGAACCCGAACGAGGCGUACACGACCUUCACAGGCGUCACACGCCUCAAGCAGGGCAUCUCCCCGCAGGGCGUCUACGUCGACGAGCGUCCCGUGAUCGACCUCAACCGCAACGGCUCCCUCGUCCGCACGCAGACCGAGCCCCCGCCCAAGCCCAAGCCCCUCAACCCCGAAGUCGCACGCUCCGCCGGCGUCGCGCGCGCCAACACCACCAUCAACGUCGCGCCCAACGCCCGCGAGCGCAUCAACGGCACACCGACGCCGCGCUCGGGCCCGUCACCCGGACCGCGCAGCGUCGCAUCGCCCCCGCCCGCGCGCACAGGCCCCUCGCCCGGUCCCACGCCCGUCCGCGGCCUCACGGUUCGCAAGCCGACCUCGGACGACGGCGCCUCCAACGCCCCGCCCCCGCCCUCCAAGCCGCCGGUCGACCAGCGCAUGACGGAGUUCUACGACUCGUACAUUGACGACUACGCCGGGCCUAAUACGCCUGCGCCGCCCGCGAACCAGCGCCCGCCUAUGCCUCAGGCUCCUCUGCCCACCGGCGACCGCGUUGCGGACUGGGCUCGAGACGCCACGCGCGCACCGGCCCGCGCACCCUCCUCAUUCGCCGGUUCCGUCCGCACGGGGCCUUCGAUCCGCCGCCGCGUCACCCAACGCCGCGGGCCCGUGUCAACGGUCUACACCGAGGACCCCGAGGCGGACGGGUACGACACGGGCGAGUUCGACGAGUUCGAGCUGAUGAAGAUCCGCGUGAAGAUCCACUUCGAGGACGACGUGCGCGGGAUGGCGGUCGAUGCGCGCAUGCCGUACGAGGAUUUCUUGGAUAAGGUUGCCGGCAAGUUCGAGCUGAGCGUCGGGAGCAUGCGGCUGAAGUUUAGGGACGAGGAUGGUGGGAAGGUCAGUUUGCAGGACGAGAGCGAUUAUGAGCUUGCGGUUGAGACUGCGAGGGAGAGCGCGAAGGGGAGGCCGGAGGGCAAGUUGGAGAUGUGGUGCGAGGCGAAGUAG